AUGCGGGAAGAGUCCGCUGAAGGUUUACAGACACUGCUGGACACCCUCGAGCGCCAUCGAGACCAACUCCGCGCUCUAGGUCGCCCUGUGGACCACUGGGACGAUUGGUUCGUCUCACUCGCUGCCACGAGCUUGGAUUCAUCGACUAGACGGGCCUGGAAGGAUGAGUUGGAGAAGCUUGAGGCAUUCAGCCCGGAGCUAGAAGUUAACAUAGCCACGUUUUCUGUCUUGGCGUCUUUCCUUCGUCACGAGUGUCGAGCUCUCCGCUCUGUUGAUGCUUCUCGCGUAACACGUGCUCUUGUGCCCUCCAGCUCACGUACUAUGGCACCCUCUUUAGCCACCCGGAGCUUUCGCACCCUUGCAACUCAAGAAAGCUCGCUUACCUGCCUUACCUGUCCUGGUGCUCACUAUCUAGGCCACUGCAGCGAGUUCCAGGGCUUAAACGCGACGGCCAAGAAGAACGUCGUGUUCCGUGAAAGGCUCUAUUCUAAUUGCUUGAAGCGGGGGCAUUCCGUCAAAGAUUGUCCGUCCAAGUCCGUCUGCCAACACUGCCGCGCCACCCACCACAGCCUACUGCAUGACGGGUAG